AUGUCCUCGUCGUCGUCAUCAUCAAUGAGCGCCUUGAAGCUAAAGACGGUGUCAGAAGCAAACCCUAACGACGCCGCGAACAAGGCUGAGACGGUGGAUCUCGGAAAUGGAAGCGACGUCGUUUUCAUUCAGAGGUUAAUACCUUCCGAACAAUCAUGGAAAUGGUUCCAUUACCUCGACAACCACAUCCCAUGGACCAGACCCACCAUUCGCGUCUUCGGUAAAUCGUUCCUCCAGCCUCGAGACACUUGUUAUGUUGCAUCUUCAGGAUUGACUGAGUUGAGUUACAGUGGAUACCAGCCACAUGCAUAUUCAUGGGAUGAUUAUCCACCGCUUAAAGACAUCUUGGAUGCUAUUGCUAUGUUGAAAAACUCGUGUAAAACUGCAAUCAAGGAAUUGAAGCAUUGGAUGACUCCGGAAAAGGUCCAAACAUCCCUCACUACAUUUCCUGCUUCAGCUGAAAUACUGUCUGAACCACUCGGAGUUGUGUUGGUCAUUUCUGCAUGGAACUAUCCAUUUUGCUGUUUUCAACUUGUUUUUAUAUGUUCUCCAUGA